AUGGAGCCGCCCUCGUCGUCGUCGUCCCCGCGGCUUCUCUCCCCCGCGGAGGGCGACGGCGCCUCGGCCCCGCAGCGCCAGUGGCUGCGGGAAGCGCGCGGCUUCGUCCGCCGGGCGCUCCUCGGCUGCGGCCCGAGCGAGGAGCGGGCGGCGGCGGAGGAGGAGGAGGAGGCGGGAGACCCGGCCGUCACCACCUGGCGGCGCUUGCAACGCGCGCUUUGGCAGUGUGGGGGCGCCCGAGAGCUGCCGCUGGGAUACCGCAUGAUCUCUGUCUCGGAACUUCAGUCUCAGCAACGUCAGCCGUGCUGUAGUCAUCUGACCUGGAGCAGCGAUGAAUUCAGGAAAUGGGCUUGCGACACCACAGGCCUCUUUCCUGAGCAGAGGAUUUUGCAACGAGCUCACUUGAUCCUUGUUGGUUACCUGACAGACAGGAAGGACGGAGUGACGGACGGUGGCUUGUAUGUGCGAGACAACACUGGCGUCCUUCCCUGUGAGGUCCUGCAUUUUAAACUGGAAUGGCUAGAAAAGCUGAUGCUUUUCCCUAGUUGGACGUACAUCCCCGCAAAGAGCCCGAACAGAGCUGGAUACCUGGAGAUCUUAGCAGAUCCAGUCGAAGUGAUUCCUGGUCCGGAGAAGAGGAUCGAUAUCCCCCCUGUCUUUGAUCCAGGGCAAGCUGCAAAGCUCCUCAGUGCCAGGGCUCAGUGUAAGAAGGUGGCAGAGGUGAAUGUGGCGGGGGAGCUGUCCAGGCUCAGCACUGUCCUCUCCAUCCACCAUAAAGUCUUCUUCUUCCUCUUCUUAAAGAACUUCAGCUCGGAUGUUGACGUCCCUGUCCUGGUGCAGUCUCCCCACUUGGUUUGGCGUCAUGUUCUACAGCCGGGGCACGGGUAUGUGGUGACUGCUCUGAAAAUAUCUUCCCUCAAAGCUUCGGGAUUGAGAGUGUUCGUCACCAGCUCUUCCUCGCGCCUUUUGCCGUAUUGUCCGGAGGAUGUGACCGAGCCAUUUCAGGACAGUACUGCAGAGGGAAGUUCAGUUAUGUCUGCCUCCCCAGUCACCUGCAGGCAGCUCAGCAGUCCCUUGGAGUUGGGAGAGGAAGACAAGACACUGGUUCCAGUUAAGAAGUCUAAAGUGAUCUCUUACAUGGGCACUAUCACCCAGGUGCUGAACGCUCAAGCCGGCCUCUACGAGCUGGAUAACAAGUUCAUCCUUUGCCUUGCUUACCAGCAGCAAUUGAAUGCUGGCCGCGGGCUCCGACCAGGCGUGAGUGUGGAGCUCAGAGACGUCCACCUUCUGCAGAAGCCCCUGACCGCUUUCCCCUUUGUCCUGGGAGCCUGCCUGCGCUCGACUCUCGCGCUCAAGAGUUUUUCCAAGCAAAGCGUAUUGCACCAGCCGGUGGCCUCCAGUGGGAAUCUUUACGUGCAGCUGCUCUUGCAGUACAACUUAACCUUGCCGGAGUAUUUGUGUCUGGUCAGCUUGCUGGAGACGUUGGAGAGGAGGUUCUGUUGUUUCAUUCGACGGCAGGAACUGUUGCUCUGCUCUGGUCUCAGUGCUGCAGGGGCAGCUGAGAAAUUUAUCGUCCCUAUUCUGAAUUUGUUGGUGCCGACUGGGAAACAGGCAAGAGACAUUCAUCGGGAGAUCCUGGCCGAAAGGCACAACUGUCCCCUGCAGCAGUACCAGAUUCUGGAGCCUCCCUGCCAGAUUCCACCUUUCUCUUUGCUGUUCACAAUGGUCGAGAAGAGAUGUCUGGAAAGUUUCAGUCCUUCACAACAGAUGAGCUCUGCCCCGGAGAUCCAGCAUGUAGAUGCCCAAGAGCUGAAUCGUAAACUGGCCUGGUCCAACUGUAUGUUAUCGGCUGAGAGCUUUAACCCUCCGCUGGUGCUGCUUGGAGUUCUGAGAGCCUCUUCCAGUAGCGGCUUCCUCCAGUUACGAGACAGCGUGAAAGCACUUCCUUGUAUGAUAUUCCACAGGGACGGGAGGCCCUUUGCGGACACCUCUCUGAUAGGGUGUCUUCUGCAGAUCGAGAGAUUCCAGCUUGUGGUGGAGCAGUUUCUGCAAAGUGAUUUUCCUUCCUGGCAGGAGCUGAAGUCGCUGGAGUAUGUCAAGGAGAGGAAGACGAGGCUUUACGUGCAGUUCUGUGUCGAGGAUGUGACUAUUCUUCAUUCUCCUCACAAAAGAGCCCCUGAGGUUCCCAAAGUCCGCAAAGAGUCCUCUUCUGGGGCACAGGACAACGGGAGCUCUGUAGCUGAGCUGAGGUCCACAGACGGGAACCUAAUAAACACCGAAAAGGAUGAAGCGGCAGCAAACACUCCUGAACCUUCUGAGAGCAUUGCUGGGGAUGCCAGGGGCGUGUCCCGUCUGUUCUUGGUGACCCAGAAAGAGGGUCUCAUGUGGCGCAACUACCCACAGGCUUCGGAAAGGCAAGGCCAAGGCGGCGAAGCGCCACAACUCUGUUUUCAAGUCACAGCGUUAUGGAUGGGAAAACCUGAGCACUGUGAGGGAGAAGUCGAGGGCCAGAAGGAGCUUAGUGCCUCUGCGCUUGGAGGCCCCAUUGAAGCCCGACCAAAAGUAUUGCUGCUCUUCCUGGGGAAAUCACUUCAAUGGUUCCCGUUCCUGCACCCGGGGGGACUGUACCGGUUUAUCAUACCCCAGUGCUUGGACCUAGAGGUUUUUGACAAAUUGUGCCUCCCAGAGGGAUCAGGAAACCUCUCAAACAUGGACUGCUCCUUUUUUCUCCCUGUCCCAGAUACUGGUUACCUGCACCAUGUGAACUGGAUUUCCCAGAUGGUUUCAGAGGCAUCAGAGAUGGAACAGAACGUAUUCUCCAUUGCAGAGAUACUCAGCCCCAGUUUCACAGGAUCCCUGGUCUCAUUCUCUGGAGUAAUAGCAGAAAGGACUUUGUGUGAAUCUGUUACUGGAAAGAAGCCAAUUGCAUCUCGGUCUACCAAGCAGCAGAAGGGGAAUCUCUUGCCCUGGGAUUACAGUGUGAAGCUGAGCCUAUUGCCUGCGAGCGGUCCACCCAUCGGGCUGGACGUGUAUGUUGAAGCCACGUUCCUGCCGUAUCUUUGGGGCAUGCUCCCUGGAGCCAAGGUUCUCUUCCACAACUUGCAGCGCAAAAUUUCCAGGUUCAAAAACGUAUAUUGCACCUACACGGCCUCCAGCUGCACCUGUGUUCUGAGCCCCCCGCCUCCCAAAUCUCCUUCCGGGCUGGUUGAUGGCCCUUCUCCUCUCCUGGCGGUGUACCUGUCUCAGAUACAGCUUCAGCCUCCUCGUUGGUGCCUGCUGCAGCUCACCUGCCACCUGACGUGUGUCCUGAAGCUGUGCCUGCGCUGGACCUGUUCUCUCUGCGGCAGCAUCGUCCAAGAGGGAAGACGCAACCAACAUAACCCACCUUGCUCGUCGCAUACCGGAGUGAUCAAAGCUAGUGCCAGGAUCCUUGUAGAAGACGGGACAGGUGAGGCUGCUGUGCACUGCAGGAACCAGCAGGUGUGUGAAGUGCUGGCUCUGAGCCCCAAGGAGUGGGACGUGGUGCAGGCCCACGUUCGGAGCAAAGGCUGUGUCAGCAUCCAGCAUCAUAACAGUGGCAUUGGGCCCGAGUGCGCAGAAGAGCCCGAAGACUUGCUGAGCUGGUACUUGAGAAGUCUGUGCAGGAGCCCCCUCGUCUGUCGGCCCCUUGUGUUGACUGCCAGACUGGAUAGAAAGCCCCCAGAGGCAGGUUCUGGGCAGACAAGGAGGUUUUUUUCCAACGACGUCGAGUUCAUGUGCCAAAUGAAGACUCAGCUGAACUUGACGUGUCUGAGCAUCCGGGAGGCCACCUGA